AUGCUGUCGACAUUUUCCAAGCUCUUUUCGGGCUCCAAAGGAGAGCCUGAAAAGCCGUGUGCCCCCGAAGAUGGGCCACAGCCCCAAGCCAACGGCGCGGCCGCGCCGCCGCUGGACCCGGCGAGCCCCGAGUGGUUGAGCUACUACGCUCAAGUGGCGCCUCCGGAGAUCAGCAGAUGGGUGAAUCCCGAGGACGGUUCGGGUUCGAUUCCAUAUGAGAAGCUGAUUGAGAAUCUCAACUCCCUGAACAUCCCCGCAGUCCCGAUGAAGGCGUUCUCUCCGGAAACCGCCGACAACGGGUCCGCGCCGUUCCCACUUGCCUCUCUCAGGUCUCGGAAUGUUUCCACCGCCUCAGCUAUUCCCAUCCGCCAGGCGUCCCUUAAACAGCCUCGCGGCAUCUCGCAAACUUCUGCACAGCGUUCAGCCUCGGCAGCGCCUUCGUCCAGGGCGCCAGACGACCGGCUUCAGAGUGAACUGCAAGGCAGUGCCGUCCAGGCAGGCGCGGCUUCAGAGGCUGGCCGCCCUGCCGGCUCGCGAUGCCGAUCGGUGAGCGUUGCGUCGGGAGUGUUUCCACACGCAGCUCAAGAGCAAACUGCGCGUUUCCACAGUGCUGCGCCGUCCGAGCCUCCCCUGUAUGUGCCGGUCACGUCGACGACUCGUGCGUACAUUGGUCCUGUGCCGGACGUAAGAGGCCCCAUCAGCGGGAUGGCCAAGGCCGAGCUUUCUCGCCCCGGCCCUCACUCCCAGGUGCCUCCAGACUAUAUCGAAAUUACCAACACGCGCCAAACGCAGUACCACGGAGUUCCUCCCGCGUUCCAGAUGCAGGUGGAAGGCGCAGAAAACACCGGGAACGAAGCAGGCGAACCCGCGGGCAUCAACGCGCCCGUGGUUUCGACUGCUGGACAGCAGGGAGCGCCACUGGCUCAGGUUUACGGAACGCGUUUGGCGUCGAACGGUCCCUUCCACAAACCCCCCGCGAUCUUUCUCCAACCCGUGCUGGACGGGCAGGACGCACAAGCAGCGGCAGGCGGAAAGGCAAGCGCGCCUGCGCCGCCUCUGGAAAAGGGCGUGACGUACAAACUGGGCCACUACGUGUGGAGCGAAGAAGACGUUAGGUUCGGAACGGCGCAUAAACCGGACCCACCUCUGGACCCGCUCGUGAGGUACCUUUGUGCUGGUGCAAUUUUCCCUGAGGUCGUAGGUCCGGAAGAGCCGGAGAAGCUCACCGACGCCCAGCAGCAGGAAGAAGCCCCGCUGCCUGGUGCACAAGCGAGCGCGGAGAACGGGGCGCGCAUCAGCGGCAACGCUGAAGAACCCCCCGCCAUCGCCAACACCGUCGAGGACUUGGGCAUUCCGUCCAUCGUGGAAUUCUGCCAGAGAAAGCGCACAGAGUUGGAGAAGAUGAACGAUGACUGCGUGAGGGUUCGGGAUGACGCUGAGAGCAACGGCAAUCUGAGCAACAAGGGCGGCCGUGGCGGGCUCUGCUCGGCGCGACGCGUUCCGAAGGGAUUUGUCGUGUUUGUUGAGUUGCCGCUCAUCACUGCGGACGUGAGUGCGGCUGGCCUCUGGCCCGCGUUUCAAAGUCUCACAGACGAGCAGAAGGCAACCCUGGAGACUCUCGAAGGCAGCGCGGCUGAUCUGUCCAACGUCGAGGCUCUCACGUGCACGCUGCAGUGCAAGCAGGCCGGCAUGCUGAAAUCCGCCGGGGCCUUCCAGGAUUUUUUCGGGAAGAUGAAAGUGAACGCACACGCCUUGAGCAGAGGACGCGGUUGGGCGCUCUAUCCUCGAGCGGCUCGCGUAAAGCACUCGUGCCGACCCAACGUGACGUACCGCAACCUCGACGGCUUGUUGGUCGUUUUUGCCCUCGAGGACAUUGAGGAGGAUGCCCCGAUUACAAUGAGUUACAUUGAUCAACUCUACGUUCCAACGGAGGAACGACGCAAGCGCGUGAUGGCCACGAAACGCAUCUUCUGUCAGUGCACGCGCUGCAUGGAUGUCUGCCAAAAAGAACGGAAGAUCCUGUGCCCCGAGUGCCGCCCCACGAAGCUUCGCUUUACUGAGGAUCGCGAAGCGCAGGAAGCCUCCCAGGUAUCGCCGCUGUCUGCCGUUGUUCCAACGACGCUGCCUCCGCUGCCGGAAACGGAUCAGGAAUAUCUAGACGCUCAGCGAAGUGCUAGUGCCGACGAAGAAUCCGAGGGAUGCAUCGCGAAGGAGACUCAGCCGAGCCUCAAGACCGCCUCUUCCUUCGAAGAAUCGUGCCACAGUUCCGACUAUGAAGGCAGUGCGGAAGAGAAGUCUUUGGACUGCUGUUCAUCCGACUGCCUGUCCUCGAGUGACGGCGAAGAAGAGCAUCGGUGCCAAGAGGUCGUGGCCGAGACCAAAGACGACCAGCAAGACGCCGGAGCCUCCGACGAGGAGAUCUCCAGCGGAGCAGACAGCUCGAAGCUCAAGACAGCUUGCGUCGACAGCACGACGGCGUCGCCCCCUUCGAGCGAGACCGAGUCCAGAAUCGAUGACGAGGCCGCCUGGAAAGCAGGAGGGAAGAGCAAGACAGCUCCGAAAGGCGCACUGCUUUUGAGCCUCACGUCCGCCGAAACCAUGGCUAGUGCGAGAUGCGACGCGCUGUCGAGCGGCAGCAACGACAACUGGAGCAGCGAUUCAGAGGCCGGACAGGCAAGCAGCCUGGCUGGGGGAACUGAGAAGGAUGUCGGUUCGGAACACGAGGAACGAGAACUUCAAGGCCGUCUUAGUGGAGCCGGUAUGCCGAGAAACUACUGCGUGUAUGAGGGCGAGGAUUGCUGGCACUGCUACACCUGUCAGAAGACGUUCCGAGACGAAGAUCUGCCCACGGGAAUGGAGCGGUAUUUAGUGGGAAAAUACGGCGUUCUGCGGGAGAAGUUUGGACGGCCUUGCCCGGAGGAAUGGAGCGACGAGUGCGGCAAGCUGCUGAGGACUGUCGAGAAAGUUCUCGGAGUCGAGCAUUGGCUGUAUGCCGCAGGUCAGUUGUUGCUUGCGCAGCUGUACCUCGGCAUGUGGAUGGGUGGUCUCGUCGUCGACGAAAUUUUCUCAAAGGCCACGGAGCACGCAGCAACCUUCCUCGACUUUGCAAACCGUUUCGUGCCUGAGGCGCUGUCAACCGAUGCGGCACCUCUCUUGGUGGCCCUCUUGCGUAUUCAACUCUUUAGUGGGCAGUGGAAAGAUUUCGUGGACUCGAUUGAACACUACGGCAUACUCACCGUCAUCCGAGACGGCUUGGGAAAGUGGGACGAGGUGUAUGCGUCGUUUGCAAGCGCAUAUCUAUAUCUGAAAAAGCAGGUGGAACAGAAGAACGAGGAGCCUGGUCUUGCGAUUCUCCACCGUUUCGCUCACGCUUCCCAGUACACUUUAGCUCUGGACGCUCAGUACUACGAGACGAUCGAGACGGAGAAGCGAGCAAAGAUCGAGGCAGCAGAGCAGGCGGCACGCCAGAGAGAGGAAGAAGCGCGUCUCCGCGCAGAGGACCGGCAGCGUCGCAUUGCCCAAGCGAAAAAGAACAUCGCAGCUCUGAAGGCUGCCGCACCCCUGGCUGCGCCAGAAAGCCAGAGCAUGCUGAAAGUAACAGAUGUCACGAUGACCCAUCCGGAUGGCGUCGUCCAGAAGUACCUGAGGAACCACGCACUGCCUGGGCACGCACAAGACGCGGUUCGUGCAAGUCGUCUCAUGAAAGUAGGCGACAGAGCUGUCCCGGCGCCCGGUGAAGGCAUCACGUCUGUGGUUUCGAGCGCGGAGCGCGCAGCUGAGGCGGCAUACGAGGACGCGAAACGUCUUCAGCAGCUGGCCGUCGAGGGGCACUACUCCGCCGCUUUGGCUGCAGCGGCAGGUGUGCCGGGUUCCCAGAACGGCACUUAUUUGCCGUUGCUCAUGUUGGCUGAUCCCCUUGAAGCCCGAGCAGAGCAGCGCCGUCAACUGAGAAAGACAAUGCAGCUUCUCGAGCGUGAGCGGAAGAAGCGAGAACAGAUUAUCCGUGCGAUUGAGCAAGGCAAGGAAGAAUUCGACGCAGAGCUCGACUUUGGAGACGACGGCGAGCUGGGUGAUGACUCGUCUGAGCAGGAGGCAGCCGAGGAAGAGAAGGAGAAAGGAUUUAUCUACAGAAUCCCGGGGCUGCACGGAACAGCGCCAGGCGAGUAUGUGACCAUCUCGCAGCUGAACCAUACGAAGAACGGGAGAUACCCGCCGCUUCCUUUCUUCAAAUCCUUCUUCUACAUCGACCACGAGGCGCGAAAGCUGGACGGAGCACCCAAGGACGCGUCCGCGGUGAGUGUAAUCGGAUGUGGAUCCGGGGGACCUCCACCCCUAAGCUUUGACGAACUGGAGGAUAUCGAAGGCGCCAAAAGGAUGUACCUGCAAAAGGAAAACAAGGAAUACUCUGAAGAGCUGCAGGCACGGGUUAACUACCGUUUGGCGCAAAGGACGGCAGAGGCCGCAGCUGCGCUUCGAGCGUCCGAGACAAAGAGAAAGGGCAAGGCCUCGGGAAUGUUCGGCGGACGUUCCGCGCAAACAGACGGCGUGGAGGCCGCCCCGCGACUCCUAGUCGGCGAGAGACUCCGCGAGAGAGAGCGGAAUGACUCAGCUGCUCUGCUCGAGGCGACAAAUGAAGCAGUUCGGGAAAUGGCUCUUUACGAGGCUGAGACGCAGCGUCGCAUCCAGCAGUUCCGGGAAGAGGCUCGAGCAAAGCUCGGGCAGAGCGGGCAGGAAGUCGCCGGUCAGGAAGAUCUGGCGCAUGUCGGGCGCGCUGACGAUGCCGCUGCGAUCGAGAUGGCCUCACUUGAGGAAAGCAACGCUCUCCCGGCGGGUGCAGAGAAAGGAAAUGUCCUUAUGGCCCCCUUCUCGCAGCAGAAGGUCUGCUACCGGGUUGACGGACAAGAUAUCCAACAAGUACAGGGCGAUAUGGACGCGGCGGUCUCAUUGGAUCGCAACGACCAGACCGUCUGGGCGGUUCAACCGCUUGAACAAGGCCCGCAGGUGACAGACAGAAUUGACCGUGCAUACGCACAAGUUGUUCAGAGCGAACCAGAGGAAGCAACGGCUGACGUGGAACAAGCUGAGUUUCUCCGCUUCGAGCCGCCCCAACCACAGGGACACGGACUGUCCCUUAAGCUGAAACCUCUCGACUUUUCUCACGUUCCCCCUCCUCCUCCAGUGCUCAGUGCACCUUCAAGUGGAAGACUUCAGCCUUUCGACCCCAGCAUUUUCUCCCAUUCUCAGUACAAGAUGGUAUGCCGGAAGGGACUUCAAAGAUUGCCGCACGGCAACUAG